GGGCUGCCUGGCAGAGACAAACCAGCCGGGCUCAGCGUCCACGAUCCCCCAGGGCGCCUCCAUGCUGCUCACUGGCCGACUACCCAGUCCAUCUACAAGCUACUACCCCAGCCCUCCCGUCGGGUAGUCGCGCCGAAGGCGGAGCUAUGUCCCAGCCCUUCCGGGUUCCCGUACCUCACCAGGGCCGGGAAGAAAGGAGGAAUCGACGUGAUCUGAUGACGCUCGCCCCUCGGCGGCGAACAUUGAUGGUGUCAUCGAGGGCCCGCCCACCCGCCGGCGACCCAUUUCCGAGCUGCACCAGAGCAUGAGGUGAGGGUCUGGUCUUGGAGCCAGCUGCUGGGCGACGCAGAGAAAUGAGAUGGUGACGUUGGAUCUUAUGGAGGCCAUUUGGAUUCUCAAGAAGAAUUCUCAAAGUGGAAAGCUGUAGAAUAACUGAAGCAGAAUCAUUGAGUCCACUAGCUUGGGCAUCACUGAUACAGAAGCUUAGCAGAACACCUGGUAUUUUCUUGUUGGCUCAAAGAAAAAUAUUCUCAACCAUGCCUGAAAUAGAAACGAAUCAGAGAGACUCUGAAUUGUUUUCACCCCCCUCUGAAGUUCGAGGAAUGACAGAACUUGAUAGAACAGCUUUUAAAAAGACAAUCAUCAUCCCGGUGCUUAAAGUGAGGAAAGAAAUAGUCAAUAAAUUGAUGCGAUCCCUUAAAAGGGCAGCACUGCAGCGCCCAGGCAUAAAACGUGUGAUUGAAGAUCCAGAAGAUGAAGAAAGUAGACUAAUUAUGUUGGAUCCCUAUAAAAUGUUUACUGAUGAUUCCUUUGAGAAGGGAGAACUCAGUAUUUUAAAGCAGCUGAAUGUCAAUCCACAGAUAUCUAAAUAUAACUUGGAACUAACUUAUGAAAACUUUAAGUCAGAAGAAAUCUUGAAAGCUGUGCUUCCUGAAGGUCAAGAUGUGACUUCAGGGUUUAGCAGAGUUGGACAUAUUGCCCACCUGAACCUUCGAGAUCAUCAACUGCCUUACAAGCAUUUAAUUGGCCAAGUUAUGAUUGACAAAAAUCCAGGAAUCACCUCAGUGGUAAAUAAAAUUAAUAACAUUGAUAAUACCUACCGAAAUUUCCAAAUGGAAGUGCUAUCUGGAGAGGAGAAUAUGAUGACCAAGGUUCGAGAGAACAACUACACUUAUGAAUUUGAUUUUUCAAAAGUCUAUUGGAAUCCUCGUCUCUCCACAGAACACAGCCGUAUCACAGAACUUCUCAAACCUGGGGAUGUCCUAUUUGAUGUUUUUGCUGGGGUUGGGCCCUUUGCCAUUCCAGCAGCAAAGAAAAACUGCACUGUAUUUGCUAAUGAUCUCAAUCCUGAAUCACAUAAAUGGUUACUACACAAUUGUAAAUUAAAUAAAGUGGACCAAAAGGUGAAAGUCUUUAACUUGGACGGGAAAGACUUCCUCCAAGGACCAGUCAGAGAAGAAUUAAUGCAGCAGCUGGGACCACUGUCAAAAGAAAGAAAACACUCUGUGCACAUUGUCAUGAACUUGCCAGCAAAGGCUAUUGAGUUUCUCAGUGCUUUCAAAUCACUCUUAGAUGGACAGCCAUGCGGCAGUGAGCUUUUUCCCAUUGUGCACUGUUACAGCUUUUCCAAAGAUGCUAAUCCUGCUAAGGAUGUUCAGCAACGAGCUGGAACUGUGUUAGGCAUCUCCUUGGAGGCAUGCAGUUCAGUUCACCUAGUAAGAAAUGUGGCCCCUAACAAGGAAAUGUUAUGCAUCACUUUUCGGAUUCCUGCUGCUAUACUUUACAAGAACCAGACCCUAAAUGGAGACAAUCAUGAAGAUCCACCUAUUAAACGCCAGAGGACGGAUAAAGACUCUUAGGAAGAAAAAACACAAAUUGCUUCAGUCACUUAAUUGGAAAUAUUUUCUCCAGCUCCCCACUAGACCUUUAUGUAGUGAAAUAUCAUUUGUAUGAUUUCUAUAUUUUAGCAUUCAGUUACUUUAGUAUUGAACCCUUAUAUUUUGCCCUAGCUGUCUUAUAAAUUGGGGAUUAUCAAAUUAAAAUUUAAAUAAGUCUACUAAAUAAUUUUUAUGUUAUAAUUAUAAUUUUAUCAUCAAAUAUAUCUAAUAUUUUAUUAGAUAAAUAUAUUUAAAUAUUAUUGUCUUUCUCUUGGGAAAAUAGUUUUUGAAGGUAGGAUAAUUGCGUGCUAACUAGGAAAGAACUAAUCAUUUUACAGUUAUCCUUAGUUGAAGAGUGUAGCUAAGUUUUAUAUAAGUACUCCUACACUAUUACUAUAAAAGUACUAACAAAUGAGAUUAUUUAGAUCAGAGAUAGGCAGACUCUGUCCAGCAGGCCAAAUCUGGUCCACCACCUGUUGUUGUAUGGCAAGUGACCCGAGAAUGGUUCUUACAUUUUUAAAUGGUUGAAAAAGAAUCAAAAGAAUAAUAUUUUGUGACAUGAAAAUUAUAUGAAAUUUGAAUUUCAGUGUCCAUAAAUAAAGUUUUAUUAGAACACA